CAAACAUAGGAAAACUAAAAGUUACCGGAGUAGAUGGGGUGAUUAAGAUGGAAAAGUAUGAGAAAAUUCGAGUGGUUGGAAGAGGAGCAUACGGGACAGUAUACCUCUGCCGUCGUCUUAGCGACCAAAAACUCAUCAUCAUCAAGCAGAUCCCAGUGGAGCAGAUGACACGAGAGGAACGCCAAGUAGCCGUCAAUGAGGCCAAGGUGUUAGCGAUGCUGGAUCAUCCAAACAUCAUUGAGUAUUAUGAGAACUUCCUGGAGGAUAAAGCUUUAAGUAUCGUCAUGGAAUAUGCAGAAGGUGGAACGUUAUUUGAGUACCUUCAACAUAGAGGGAAUGCGUUAUUAGAGGAAGGGGAAGUUCUGCGGCUCUUCAGCCAGCUUCUUCUCUCCCUUCAGCAUGUACACUCCAAGCAAAUUCUCCACCGGGAUCUGAAGACACAGAAUAUCCUGCUCAACAAGCGUCGGGAUGUGGUGAAGAUCGGAGACUUUGGCAUCUCUAAGAUCCUCAGCAGUAAGAGUAAAGCCUUCACGGUGGUUGGAACUCCGUGCUACAUCUCACCGGAACUUUGUGAAGGGAAACCCUACAACCAAAAGAGUGAUAUUUGGGCUGUAGGAUGUGUUCUCUAUGAGCUGCUCACAUUGCGGAGGGCCUUUGAGGCAGACAAUCUACCAGCGUUGGUGAUGAAGAUCAUGCGAGGAUCUAUCGCGCCGAUCUCGGAGCGUUACAGCGACGAUCUGAAACGUCUCCUGCUUCUGAUGCUUCACCUCGAUCCCGACAAGAGACCGACCAUAAACCAAGUCAUCGCUGAGCCCAUCGUUAUCAAAAUGCUUGCCAAUGUGUACAUGGAGAUUGGACGAGUCAAAUGCCCUAUCAAGAUCCCAAAAUCUCUUGGGAUGACAUCAAGUUCCAAGGGUUCAAACCGCAAAGGAAGUACCAAGUCCCUGUCCCGCAGAAGCUCCAAGCUGGUCCUAGACAGCAGUAACUCCAACCUGCCGAAGCUACAGCCCCUAUCCACAGUCUACUGCUGGGGUCAUGGGGUCACCACGCCCAUCAGUCUCCCCCUCCCUCACAGCGACAUCCAGGUCAUUCAGGUGUCCACUGGUCGCACUCAGAGAGUUGCCGUCACCAAAAAUGGACGACUUAUCAUUUGGGAGUCUUCUUCUGUAGGGUCUUCAGCUACCAUGCUACCAGGUGCAGUGGACCAGUCGUAUCCAUCCUUCAUACCACGCUUUCUAGAGGGGCAGUCAGCGGUUACCAUUCAACAUGUGUCGUGUGGGGAUAUGUUUACAGCGUGUCUGACUGAUCGAGGCAUUUUAAUGACCUACGGCAGUGGGGCUCACGGUUGUCUGGGUCAUGGUGACUACCACGACGUCUCCCAGGCAAAGAUUGUGGAGGAGUUGCUAGGUUAUGAGGUCGUCAAGGUUUCAUGUGGGGCGUCACAUGUCAUGGCUGUCACUAACGACAAUGAAGUUUUAUCCUGGGGUAGAGGAGAAAACGGUCGUCUGGGUUUGGACAGCCAAGAGUCUUUCUCGUCACCACAAAGCGUCAUUCUACCUGUAGAGAGUCUGAUUACUUCUGUACACUGUGGUCUGGACUGCUCCUUGUUACUGACAGAGGACAAGAAAGUUCUGGCCUGUGGGAGUAACAGAUACAAUAAACUUGGUCUUGACAGCAUCAGUCUAAGUGGCAAGACCCUUAACAAGGUGGAUGAGAUGCGGACAUAUGCACCGGUUGCUUCCUCACCCAUCAAUCAGCUGUCAAUCAAAAGUGUUGCCAUAGGAACGGCUCAUGCUGCCAUUGUAACAGAUGACCAACAGUGCUACAUGCUCGGGUCCAAUCAGUUCGGUCAGCUUGGUUGUGAUACGGAUCCCCUAGUUACCAGAAUCCCUUGCAAUCCAGAGUUCCAAGAUGGCGUCAUAGUUACAGACGUCGCGUGUGGUGACAUGUUUACUGUUGCUCUUUCAUCCGAUGGUCAGGUGUUCUCGUGGGGUAAGAGUUCACGAGGUCGACUCGGCCGAACUGAGGUCAACUCUAGCAUCCCCCAGAAAGUUGACCUCGGCCGGGGUGAAGAGGAAUCGUUCAGCCUUCUGUCAAUCUCAUGUAACCAUGGCAACACCCUGCUUGCAACCAGACCUUUUGACAACUCGGCAGAUUCUCCUUGAUGACCAAAUUUUGAUGACCUCUGACCUGGUCACCUCUAAUUCAAUGUCUUCUGACCUGGGCCCAAUUUCAUAAUGCUGUUAGGCAGAAAGUUCUGCUCAGAAAAUUUCUUGGCUAAGCAAGAAAUGACCAAGGUACGAGUCGUAGCUGUGGUAUCUGAAUGGUGUUUGGCUGGUAGUCUAUUUUUGCUAAGCAAGUUUUUGUGCUUAUGGCUUUAUUUAAUUGGGACCUCAUAGGCAUUUUAACUGGAAAGAGAGCAAGCCCUUCUUUGACUAGAUGCUGCUGAAUGGGAAUGCGGCCUCCAAAUAAAAAAUAUCUGUGCCAUAGCACAUUAAAUUUUGUGUCUCCAAACUUGUAAUUUAAAGCCCAUCAUGGACGUUUUAUUAUCUAAACGUACCGAGCCUUGCAGAAAAUAUUUUUUAAAGAACUUGCUAUGCAUUAUUUGUUUUUUAUAAACAGCACUCUAUUUAUAUGUACAUAUUUAUUUUACAAUUUGUAUGCUGUAUAUUGUGAAGAAUAUAUUGAAAUUUUGAUACAAAAUAAAAAGA